AUGGCAUCAGCAGAAGCGUCUUCAUCUACUGCUCCAGCGACAGCCCCGCCUGCCGCACCUGCGUCUACGGUCGUAGCUCCAGCAGGAAUGGAUCCAGCUAAAUACGAAGCUAUACAGGGAUAUCGAGCUAAAGUGAAAGAGCACUCAAGAAUGUCUGAUAGCUUGAAGCAGAUCCGAUUGAACAUCCGUACACUUUCAACUGAUUUCGACAAGACUGAAGAUGACAUCAAAGCUUUGCAAUCUGUUGGACAAAUUAUCGGAGAAGUAUUAAAGCAAUUGGACGAAGAGAGAUUUAUCGUCAAAGCGUCAUCAGGUCCCAGAUAUGUGGUAUCAUACAGACCCACUCUGCCAGCUGCUAAGCUCAAAGCUGGUGUAAGAGUAUCACUCGAUAUGACCACUUUGACCAUAAUGAGAAUUCUUCCUAGAGAGGUUGAUCCAAUGGUCUACAACAUGUCUCUUGAGGACCCAGGAUCUGCUUCUUUCGCUGGAAUUGGUGGAUUAGGAGAUCAAGUUAGAGAAUUGAGGGAAGUAAUCGAAUUACCGUUGAUGAAUCCUGAGCUGUUCGAGCGAGUCGGUAUCAAUCCUCCCAAGGGUGUCCUCCUUUACGGUCCACCAGGAACAGGAAAGACGCUGCUUGCCCGUGCCGUAGCUGCUACUCUGAAUACCAAUUUCUUGAAAGUCGUUUCAUCUGCUAUUGUCGAUAAGUACAUUGGUGAAUCAGCUCGUCUUAUCAGGGAAAUGUUCGCAUAUGCUCGAGAACAUGAACCUUGCGUUAUUUUCAUGGAUGAAAUCGAUGCUAUCGGAGGAAGGAGAUUCAGUGAAGGUACCAGUGCUGAUCGAGAGAUUCAAAGAACCUUGAUGGAGUUGUUGAAUCAAAUGGAUGGUUUCGAUUCACUCGGUAGAACGAAAAUUAUCAUGGCCACAAAUAGACCUGAUACGUUAGAUCCAGCAUUACUCCGACCAGGUAGAUUAGACAAGAAAAUAGAGAUCCCUUUACCAAACGAACAAGGUAGACUCGAGAUAUUGAAGAUCCACGCAAAAGGUAUAAACAAAUCUGGUGAUAUCGAUUACGAAGCUAUUGUCAAAUUGAGUGAUGGAUUCAAUGGAGCUGAUUUAAGAAACGUCUGUACCGAGGCUGGUCUAUUUGCUAUUCGAGAAGACAGAGACGCUGUAGUUCAAGAAGAUUUCAUGAAAGCAGUUAGGAAAUUGAACGAUGCUAAAAAGCACGAAACUGCUAUGUAA